UGUAAACUUGCCGCGGGCCCAGCGGGCGGAGGCCGGGCCCGGCAGUUGCAGGUCUCUGGACCCGGAGGGAUCGCGGAGCCCAGGCCGGGCGAGGAUCGGGCAGGCGUGAGAAGAGGAGUCCGGGGGCGUCUGCCUGUAGACUCUGUGCCACCCGCCUCCCCUCGCCCGCUUCCGUUCCCUGGCCUGGAGCCCCCUGGAAGUUGGCUGGCAUCCCCAGGCGCCAACAUGGAGGGCCGGUGGCGGGAGACGGUCGCAAUGAAUCCCUGAAGACCCGUCCGCUGCGCGUACCCGGUGACGGCAGGAGCGUUGGGCUAGUGAACCCUGACUUUCGGCAAGCGAGGCGACAGCAUGGCUCAGGCGAGUCUCCUGGCCUGCGCGGGCCUCGCGGGCGUGAGCCUGGUGCCCACCGCCGCCAGUAAGAAGAUGAUGCUGAGCCAGAUCGCCAGCAAGCAGGCGGAGAACGGCGAGCACGCCCCCGGGCCCGACGCCCUGCGCUGCUCCGGCCAGGGGGAGACGGUCGGCAAGAGAGGGUCCUCCGUCGUCCGCCAGGGACACCGGAAAGAGGACAAGUCCCGGAGUCGCAAGGACGACAGCGGCUCGGCCGAGGCCUCGCAUUCGAAAAAGUCCAUCAAAAAGGUGGUGGCGGAGCAGAACGGCUCAUUCCAGCACAAGAAUCCCAAGAACUUCAUCUGCGAGCACUGUUUCGGCGCCUUCCGCAGCAGCUACCACCUCAAGCGGCACAUCCUCAUCCACACGGGCGAGAAGCCGUUCGAGUGUGACGAGUGCGACAUGCGUUUCAUCCAGAAGUACCACCUGGAACGCCACAAACGCGUCCACAGCGGGGAGAAGCCCUACCAGUGUGAGCGCUGCCAGCAGAGCUUCUCCCGCACAGACCGGCUGCUCAGACACAAGCGGAUGUGCCAGGGCUGCCAUUCCAAGACCCCCGAGGGCCAGUUCUCCCUCUAGGCGCGGGGGCGGACGGGACCGGGCCGCCCGCGUCCCCCCGGAUCCGCCCUCCCCUGGCUCCUCUCCUACCCCGAGCCCCCACCCUAGCCCGGGGCCGGCGGGCGAGGAGCGGGCGAGGGGGAACUGCCCUCCCAGCCCCCCUCUCCCCGGACCGCGAUCUACCGCCACGAGGCUGCAAGACUGAGCCAUGAACCCUGGACUCCCCACCCCUGGGGAGAAAUGAAGAGGGCAGGGGGAGGGAAGGGAGGAUGGGAUCUUGCCUUUCCCCCCCCCCACCCCUUUCGCCCCGUCCUCCUCUCUUGUUUCUUCCUAAAUUUCAAAUAAUCCAGAAGCAAUUUGAGCCCCAUCUUGGGAUGGCAGGGGGGCGACGGGGCCGCCCAACAGCCGCUGAGGCCCGGGAUCCGUCCCCCCGCAGCCCCACAGCCGCCCGGGAAGAGGAGACGACCCCGGACACUCGCGGAGAGGGUGGGCCCGGACCCGCGCCCCCCCGGGAAGCCGCCACCGUCCCACGUAGGUUCGGCCCCGGGCCUGGCUGUCGCACUGGGUCUGCCCAGGCCGGCCCAAGUGCCUUCUGUCAAAAUUGGGCACGAGGAGGGGAGAGGGGGGCCCCGGUUGGCACCUCCCCGCCCCUGGGCACUUGGGGCUAAGCGGGGCCACCGAUGUGGGCAGAACCAGAGGUCGGGGCGAACUGCUGGUCACCUUGCGGGGUCGUGGGAUGGAACCAGCAGCUCCCUAACCCCGGGGGCACGGCUGAGGAUGCGGGGGUCGAGGGACGGUGUCUGGUCUUCAGGUCAAAGGCAGCCCCUGCCCCUGCUCCCGCGGGAGGCGUGACCUGCCUGGGUGGUGGCGGGCCCGGACCCUGUUAUCGUUCCCAAAUCGGGUGUGUGUGUG